UUUGUGUGGCUGUAAGGAUAACAUAUCUUGCUUGGGCCAUUUCAGUUUGUGUGUUUGUGGGAUCUUGCCAUGUGAACCAGGAAUGCUACUCUUCUCACUAAAGAGGUAAAGGUGGAGAAGUGUUGGAAGUGGUCAGAGGUAAGUAUUGUUUCUCCAAGGUAAGUAGCACAGGUUUGUACUUGUGGUCGGAUAUUCAUGUUUGUCACUAGGUAUGUUUUCACUGUAUAUCAUAUUGCUUUGUAUUGUUAAAGAAAUGGUUAAUGCCCUUUUUGUAAUCCCGUCUGUAUUUGAGUUUGUCACCAGAGAGAAUAAACGGAUAUCAUAUUAAAGAGAUCCUCGUGUCACACUGUCGUUAAUAAAAUAAACUCAACGCAGAAGUCCACCGGUUACACACACAUUGUUCAUUACAUACAGACACCGUCAUACACCUGAUCCUGACAUUUACACCCUGUUAAAUAUUGGUUCAAUAUCAAGUCUCUACCUGCAUCACUGUAUUGAGUGUCAAUCAUGGUUAAUACCACUCCUUUUUCUAAGGUAUAUAAGGGCCUGUGACUCUUUUCCCUCCAAACUAAACCAAGCAAAACAGUGUAUUGAUUGACAGUCAUCAGCUUGUUCUUCUCCUCUGUGUCAGCCAAUCACCACCUCAGCAAAGAUGGCGUCAGUCUUCCCAUUUGCUUUGUUGCUCUGUUUGUCCAGUGGACUGUUGGCUGCAUAUGGUCAAGCUUGCUGCCCUAAUGGUUGGACUCCGUUUGGCUCUCGCUGUUUCGCUUUCUACAUCCAGACAAAGACCUGGAUCGAUGCAGAGACCUUCUGCCAGACCGCUGGUGGGACUCUGGCUUCCAUCCGCUCAGCUGAGGAACAUGCAUUCAUCAAAGACUUCAUUUUCCAAGUGACCGGUACACACAGAGCUUCCUGGAUCGGAGGCUUUGACGCAGUGAAGGAGGGUUGGUGGAUGUGGACUGAUGGAUCCAAAUUCAACUACAAAAGCUGGAAUGCGGGGGAGCCUAACAGCGGUGGAGUGGAGAACUGUCUUACGAUGAACUGGGGAGUAAACUGGAACGACUGGGUUUGUACCAACCAGGCUGCUUUCGUGUGCUCCAAGAACCUGUGUGUGUAACUCUACCACACCAUGAUGAUGCCUCUCCAGCUCAUCUCUAAUCUCUAUCAUUGAUUCCCUUUCAGUUUGUUCAGCAGACAGAAACAGCUCUCUGCUGACAGAUGACUCACUUUCACUUGUUUAUUAUCUGAAGAGUUAGGGAACAGUUCACAUUUGGGUUUAAAAUUAGACAGAAACUGGCUCACUGAGCUAGACAAAAAC